GUUUGAGAUGUUGAUUGUAAUUGUCUAUCGUCGUUUUGAUGGGGUUGCCUACCUAGAAUGUUUCUUGGAGGGAUGAACAUCCAUCGUAGUAUUUAUUUAUUAGUUUCCUAAACUAGGGUUACCCUUCUCUUGACUGGGUUACCCUUCACUUGACUGCCAGCCGCUUCCCACUUCUCUUCUCAAUUUCUCGAUCUUUCGUCUCCUCCCACCAUCUCCAUUGGCCAUAAAGCUUCCUCUCCCUCUCUCUCUGUCUCAGCUUCCUCUUUAUCGGCCUCACUUCGUCUUCAUCUCACGAUUCUGAAGUACAUUCUGUUUCAUGGCAACUAAAAGCUGUUGGUGCACUUUUCCUUCUCAAUAGUAAUCUUUAGAGAAUCCAACCAUCGCUUAAGUGGUACACGACAUACACUAUUGACCUAGAGAAUCACAUAAUUUACAAAAUGAAGAGGCCAAUGCCCUGGAAUGAACAAGUAGAUAUUAUAUCAUCAGGUGAAUCUUCUUCCUCUGAUUCAGAAGCAGCAAUACAAAAUGAUGGAUAUGAGUUCAAGCCUUCCCUAGACGAUUUCAAAAUUCCAGCCAAAGAAAUGACAUCUGAAGGUAUGUUGAUGAAAAGGGCGGAAAUGUAUCAAGAAUACAUGAAACAGAUCCAAAUCCCAGCACAACGUGGUUCUGUGAUACCAUUUACAACUUGGAUGGGUUUAGGCAAAUCUAUAAAGCAACUUUAUGGCCAACCUUUGCACUACUUGACUAACAUUCUACUCAAACAAUGGGAUCAAUUACGGUUAGGAAGUGCGGAUGAAUAUAAGCCAUUGGAUACUGUAAUUCAUCCGAGUAAAGCUGAAGCAACUGUAUGGCUGGUUGAAGAGAUUCAUAGGCGCACCUCAUCACAUCAUCAUGUUGCUAAACUCUGGUUAUCAGACCCGAUGCACCAAGCGUAUGUUGACUCUAUUUUCCCCCAACUAUGAAGGCUGCUUUCAGUUAUGUUCUGCUCUGUGUUGAUACUAUAGCAUUUUCUAGAAGGCUAACAUGUCAGUGACAAUGUGAAUUGUAAUAGAAACAGCAUAGUUCUUUUGUCACAUUGCACUUCACUGUAAGGAGCUCCAGCAUUGCUUCAUCUGUCCAUUGUUGCUAUCUGUCUGUUCACUAGUUGACUGCAUUUACUGUUGUAGCAAAGAACGAAUGUAAAUCAAUAUUGAAGAUGCAUAUUUAUCUUACACUUCUUUCCUA